GUUCGUUGAUGGUGGAGCAAUGUUAACAAGUAUAAAUUAUAAAAGUUAAGGAAUCACACAAUUUAUUAACACGAUUGUGAGUUCCCAGUCCUACUUUAUGAUAGAAAUUCAAACAAUUUAAAAAUGGAAAACAACGUUUUAUUCGGCGUGUUGCUAGUAGCUUGGUCAUCAGUCAGUUGUGAUACAAUCGUCAACCCCUAUGUGGUUGCGGAUGGAGGAUCUUUUGUGUUGAAAUGUGACGCUUCACUUGCUGGCGUACCAGCAAAUGCAACAUCUAUUACAGCUACGGCAAUUCUUUGGAAAAACUGGACUACACCGAAAAUCUAUUUAGCACAUUACAGUGUCAAUCAUCACCCAUAUAAGAAGAAAAAUCCACCACCAGCUUUCCCAGAGAGGAACUGGACUUUCAAUUUCUCUGGCGGAUUUGAUAGAUCAGAAUACUUCGAAAAAUACAAUCCAAAAAAUAGGAAUACAAUGAAAAUAGAAAUUGUCGUCAAAGAUGCUAAAUGUACGGACGCUGGCACGUAUUUCUGUAAUGUAGAUUACUUGGACGCAAAAGAUGAUGAGGUGUUUGUGUCAAUGUCGCAGGACCUGACUAUAAAAGUCUGUAAACAAUCAUCUACCAAUACACUUCUCAGCACAGACGUGGUUGAGGAUGGGUUAUCUUUUACUGUGACAUGUGACUCUUCACGUGCUGGUAUUCCAGCAAAUGCUGCAACAGUGAAAACAAUGUAUAUAGCCUGGACAAACGGGACAGAGAUGCCAAUAAAUUUAGCAAGAUACGAUAUUAGGACAAAUCCCUACACAUUUAAAAUGCUGCCACAAAACUCAUCGUCAUGGAAAAGGACUUUUGAGUUUAUUGGAGGCUUUGAAGGAUUAUUGGACAGACCAAAUAACAGAAACACAAUGAAAAUUAAAAUGACUGUAUAUAAUUCUGAAUCUUCCGACACAGGCUUAUAUAUUUGUAAUGGAAUAUACUUCAAUUCUCGAGGUGAAGAAAGUCAAACUCAGUUAUACCAAUAUCUCUCCAUCAAAGCCAGCAGUGACGCAAUGUUUAACCCAAAUGUGGUUCCGCUUGAAGAUAGUUUUUUAUUCAAAUGUGAUGCAAACAUCGCUGGUGUUCCUGAAGAUGCAAGAACCAUAAAACGUCUGACUUUUGGUAUGCCACCAAACCGAGAUACGCAUUUCACGCUAACAGUUGUUAUAUCAGAAUAUAAAAUUGAUUCUUUACCAUUCAUUGUCAAUGUCCCACCAACCCAAUAUGCUAUUAACAACUGGAAUUUUUAUAACUCUGGAGGCUUUGAAGGAUCAGCAAAAAAUCCAAAUAACAGGAACACAAUGCAAAUUAAAAUUGUUGCAAGAGGUGCUAAAUGUGCUGAUGGUGACACAUAUUUUUGUAAAGCAGAAUACAUGGGCGCGAAUAACAAAGAGUUGUCUGUGUCCAAGUCGCAGAAUCUUACUAUAAAAGAUAGAGUAAUCUUUCUGUCCAUGGGAGCAUCGAACCACUAUUUCAACGGACAUAGUGAAAAUGAGCCUUUUUUUAACUCAGACUCUAAUGCUGAACUGUAUUGCCAGGCCGAUGGAUCACAAAAGUUAACCUUUAAAUGGAUGUUUGGCAGGCUUGGUAAAUUUGAGCUAUGUCGAGAACCAGAUUUUAUUAGAAUUGACAGUUUUGAUUUGUAUCCUCUCACGAAAUGUGACAGGUACUGGUGUACCUCCAAACUAAAGUUUCGAGCGAAAAGUGUCUAUGACGCUCUUGAGUUUCAAUGUGUGGUUACAGAAAACAAUACAGACACAGUUCUAGGGAACAUCCCGAUAUACGUGAACGGUACAACAAAAAAUCGUUGA